AUGGUGAACGCAAACUACAUUCGUGCAGGCCGCCUCGUGCGUAUUAUGCGUGGUCCCCGUCAGGACCGUGUUGGUGUGAUUGUUGACAUCAUUGACGCCAACCGCGUGCUUGUGGAGAACCCCAGCGAUGAGAAGAUGUGGCGCCACGUGCAGAACCUCAAGAACGUUGAGCCACUCAAGUUCACCGUUGCCGUGUCGCGCAACUGCAGCACAAAGGCCCUCGCAGCCGCCCUCGCGGAGAAGAAGACACUCGAGAAGUACGCCGCCACAAAGGCGGCCACACGCAUCGCCGCGAAGAAGGCUCUGGCAACAUCCACCGACUUUGAACGCUAUCAACUCCGUGUUGCCAAGCGCUCACGCGCCUACUGGACUCGCAAGGUCUUUGACGAGAACGACAAGAAGGCUCCCGUCUCAUGGCACAAGGUGGCACUCAAGAAGCUGUUGAAGAACGCCAAGAAGGUUGACAGCAAGCCUGCUGCUAAGAAGCGCAUUGAGAAGGCUCGUGCGGCCCGCAAGACGAAGGCGUCCAAGACGGCUAAGGCAUAA